AUGCCGGUCGAAUUCAUCAGCGCGACGUUCCUCAACGCGUCCACGGAGCUGAAGCCGAUCCCAGGCGCGAGCAUCGACCCAGACUACCUGGAGCGGUACGCGCGCAACCUGGACGACUAUGCGUUCAACUACACGCUUGUGCCGUACGACUCGUCGUACUUUGACCCGUGGACGGUCGGGGCGACGAUAGCCUCGCACACGCGCAACCUCAAGAUCAUCAUCGCGGUGCGGCCCAACACGCUGUACCCGACGGUGGCGGCCAAGGCGCUCGCGACGCUCGACCAGCUCAGCCGCGGGCGGGCGGUGGUGCACUUCAUCGCGGGCGGCAGCGACGUCGAACAGGCGCGCGAGGGCGACUUCCUGACCAAGGAGCAGCGCUACUCCCGGCUGGAGGAGUACAUCCGCAUCCUGAAGCGGGCGUGGUCGUCGCCGGAGCCGUUCGACUGGGAGGGCGAGCACUACCGGUUCAAGGGGUUCCGCAACCUCGUGCGGCCCGUCAACGGCCACAGCAUCCCCGUGUCGGUCGGCGGUUCGUCCGAGGACGCCUACCGCGUCGGCGGCUCCCUGGCCGACAUCUUCGGCCUGUGGGGCGAACCGCUCAAGGAGACCAAGGAGCAGAUCGACAAGAUCUACGCCGCCGCCGACAAGGCCGGCCGCGCCCCCACGGACCGGCCGCGCAUCUGGGUCACAUUCCGGCCCAUCGUCGCCCCGACCGACGACCUGGCCUGGGAGAAGGCGCACCGGACGCUCGCGGCCCUCGAGGCCAACGCCGCCCAGAAACAGAGCAUCUUCGGCGGCGUCAAGGCCGGCAAGGCCGGCGACGCCGACGUCCCGCCCCCGCAGAACGUCGGGUCGCAGAGGCUCCUGGACAUCGCGAAGCGGGGCGAGGUCCAGGACCGCGCCCUGUGGUACCCGACCGUCACCGCCACGAACGCCCGCGGCGCCUCGACCGCCCUGGUCGGCUCGUACCAGACCGUCGUCGACUCGAUCCUCGACUACGUCAAACUGGGCUGCGAGCUCAUCUCGAUCCGCGGCUACGACAACCUGAACGACGCCAUCGACUACGGCCGGUACAUCCUGCCCAAGGUGCGCGAGAACUUGCCGGCGGAGUCGUCGUCGGCAGACACGAAGCCCGCUGCCGAGAAUGGCACGAAUGGAACCAACGGCACUACCUUGGCCUCGCGAUGA